AUGACAAGGGCAGCUGCUUGCCAUACACCAAUGGUUCUGGCACCAAAGCUGUCAAAGGAUGCUGGAGAGUUACUGCCGAAUCCAAUCAAGCGAAUCCUUCGAUAUCUGGUUGGUACGAUAGAUUACGGGUUAAUGUUUCAAGCAAGCAAGGCAGAACUGACUGUAUCAGCAUUUGCAGAUGCUGAUUGGGGAGCAAAUGUAGACGAUCGAAGGUCAAUCUCUGGCUAUGGUGUGUUCAUUGGCAAAUGUUUAGUUGCAUGGAGUUCAAAGAAACAGAAAACCGUAUCUCGAUCCACAAUGGAGGCUGAAUAUAAGAGUUUGGCUGACGCAACAGCUGAAGUCGCUUGGACGAGCUCUUUUCUUGCAGAUUUGGGGUUUCAGCAGUUGAGAGAGAGCCAGUGCUUUGGUGUGACAACACAGGAGCAGUAG